AUGAGGUUAAUAGUACCCAUUAUAACUUUCAUUUUAGGCAUAUCAAACAUAAUAAAUGCUGAAUUCUUUGAUAUCGGUUUUAAUUUAGAUAUUGAUGAGCCUAUAGAUCCAUUUGAUGGUACAUAUGAGUUCCUUGGAGAUAAGCGACUGUUACUAUCACUGUCACAUAAGUCGGAUAAUGAUAGAUCAAAAGGGUUACAAGAGUUUACACCUAUAAGUAAUCAGAUCGGUCAAAGUGAAACGCAAUAUUAUUCCUUCAGUGUUAAUACAUCUAGUGGAUUAGGUGAAUACUAUGAAUUUUUAAUUUUUCUAACUGGUAAUAUAUGUUCACAACCUGACUAUUUGACUGCCAAUGAUUCAGGUUUGACAGUAUAUUAUUCAUUCAAUUCAAGUAUGUUCAGCAACUUUGAAUUAGGGGAGAUGUCACACUUUGAGAAUGGAUACUUUCAAGCAUUAGAGCGAGUGCCUAUUUCUAGCGAUGACAUUGAUACAGUAUUAUACAUUGCAGUGAGGGCACCAGAGAGUACAAAUAAAUCUGCCAUAUGGAAUUAUGAAGUGGGGGUAUCGCAAAAUGAUUUGGUUUUUCAGUGGGAUGAUAGAAGCUGGGCAUCAUUAGUCGAUACCGACGAAGAUUCUGCAUUAAUUGUAACAGGUAAUUUGACAGGAAGUCAUCUGACAAAUUAUUCUUCAAUGAAUGCCACUAAAUCAAAAUAUUCCUUAUAUAUAUAUUCAUACGACUAUAGGGACUACUUCAAGGAAUUGAACAGUAGCUGGUGUGCGAUACGAAAUGGCCCAGCACUAUUUUCCACGUCUUAUUUCGAAAGUAGUUUCACCGAUAGAGGCGGUGGGCUACAACAACAAUUUUAUGUUCCGGGAUUGAAUAGUUCAACAAAAUAUAUUGCGUACUUGAUUUCAGACUUCCAGGGUACGAACUUUGGUGGUGCAGUUUAUCAACCGUUCGAAUUUGAGACAUUGGGUACAAAUGUGUGUGAAUUAAUAUUUGAUCUAGAUUUCUGUGAUCAAGUAGCGUAUUCUGUUCCGAACUCUAAUAAUUUAUCAAAUCAAGUCGUUAAAGAUUUGUACGAUAACAGAGCUAGAUCUCUAUUUUCGAACUUUUCAAAAGCAUUACAGCAAAUAGCGUGUAAUACUACUGACAAUGCAAAGUAUUCACCUAUUAAAACGUGUAGUGAUUGUUAUGACUCAUACAAGAACUGGUUAUGUUCUGUUACAAUCCCAAGGUGCUCUACGAGAAACAUUACAGGAUAUAAAUAUAGAGAAGUUGGCAAAUCCCGGAACGACUUUAUUAAUGAUGUAAUUCAGCCCGCAUCUGGCUACUACGAAAUAUUACCUUGUGUAAACGUAUGCUAUGCCAUGGUUAGAGAUUGUCCUGCUGAUUUUGGGUUCCAGUGUCCAAAGAAGAAUAAUGAUACAAUAAGCUUGUCGUAUUAUUGGGAUGAAGGAGGAAAGUAUGGAACAUGUAACUACGUUGGAAACACUCUUUCAGAUACUAGUAAUGCAAUUAAAAACUUUGUAAUGAAUUGGUUCCUAUUAGUAUCUGUAGUAGUUGUUAAUAUAUUUAUGUAA